AUGGGAGCGGAAGAAUAUGAGACUUCUGGAGGGAGUGAGAAGGCCUCUCUGGUCGGCGCUUCCUUCAGCGCGACAGAAGCACCUGAACAAGCCGGCAUACGAGCUGUAUCUGUGGCGACGACCAGCGACUUGCACUUUCCGGACAACUCGGCUUUUGCUAGAGCAAACGAGAGAGAAACCUCACGAGUUUUCAGAAGUAACCCUGUGCGUUCAAAGAGGCACUCCACUCUACAGAGAGGUCCUUCCCAUGGUCUUUCUGCUUUCAAGACCGUAAUCCUCACUGCCGCGGUUGCCGUCCUCCACUUCCUCAACGUAUAUUUCCAGCGCUGUCUUGCCCCGUACCAGUCUACAUCCUCGCCCACCGUGUCAUUUUCUGGCUCUCCUGUCCAGGAACGCCCCUCGUCGGUUCCACUCGCUUCACGACGUAGUCUCGGACUCCACAAUGUCGGGUCAACCCACAGCAGGCGUCUAUCCGAGGGGACAGACACACCAUCCGAUCCGAUGUGUGGUGACAAUGACGCUGGAAAUGGGGGAAUAGAGCAGGGCGGGUACACGAUUGAUACAGAAAAGAACAAUCCACAAGGGGAUCCGCCUCGGCGCUCGAAAAGGUUGCUUGCCAUAGCAAAGGCUUCAGAAGAAGAGAAAGACGACGGACCGACGAAAAAACAGCGUCGUCGCGCCCGCCGGGCAGAGGCACAGCCUGAAGCUGGGGAAGAGGAAGAAGACGCAGUGGAACAGCCAGAAGACUCAGAUGUUGCUGCCCAAGUAUCAGGCCCUGCGCUCGUGGCGACAAAUGGCCUACCCGCAUUCUUGCGGAACGAGCCUCUGGAGCGCUUCCAGAAGGUGUAUCAACCGCAUCUCAAGACUUUGCACUUUUCAACAGGUAAGGGAGAUAGGCGUAGCAUGGAAAUAUUGACGAGAUCAGAGACGUGUUCAACACUAAUUGCACGCUUCCUGACACUUCUGCCCGUCUUAUAG